AUGGCGAUAGAUUGAUGGCCUGGGGGUCCACGCGUCAGCCGCGUCUCGAACAGGAAGGUAGGGUAUAGGGUAGAUAUGGUGCAGGCCCCAAGCCCUACCUUCCGGAAGAGGUAGACCCCGCAACGUCAAAAGUCAUGCAUUGUCGAUCUCUUCAUUGAUUGGGAAUAUUAUUCAUUAUCCGGGAAUGUCGUUAUCGCUCCCGACAGGACAGGGCCACGAAUGUGCUUUUCCUUUCAACAAAGUCUCUCGGAACCCAGAUUGACGGGAUCCAUUCACCACGGCCUGCCGGUUUGACUGUGGCAGCUAAACUUCCCAACUUCUCGACCCCGGAUGCGCCGGUAGCACGGAGCAACGGCCAUCAUUGGAGGCUGACAAGCAAUUGCCCCCCCACGUCCCUUGGCUGGAUCCAUUUUUACUGAAAUAAGUAAGGAUUACAUAGUCGAGUUGAGGGUCCUGCAUUUGUCAGUUUGUCAGCGUCCCCAGGCCUGCCUCGUCCGCUCGCGGAAUCGGCAUCCCCUCUCCCCCUUCCUCUUCCUAUGGUUUUCCUGCAAGCUUAAUCCUUCCUUCUUCUUGUCAAUGUAACGGCCACUUGAUGGCCCUCCGGUUCUCUGCCUUAAGCUGGAGGUAGUGGCUUAACUGUAGAUUUUCCAAAUACUGUGCGGUUGGGACUUAUCGGAGGAUUCCUAUAAUCGCAUGUCGCAAACAGCAUGCCCCACGAUGGUUGGGCGGACGAAGGCGCAAAAGAUGCCUUCAUUGGAGACUGACACCAUUAUUGUCGGGAACGGGCCGUCGGCCAUGAUCUUGUCGUAUAUUCUUCAUGGCCAUCUUCCAUAUUACUGCUCCAAUCCUCCCCAUCCUGAUCCGCUUCUGCAUGCGAAGCUCCAGGGUUCCCCGGAGUUGCUCCAUGUGGACGUGCACGCUUUGACGGAUCAUUUCGCCGCCUCGAGACUGUCGUACUCCACACAGGCUCUCCCCGUGAACGUGCUCCUGGACACGCUGGUGCGCCCCAGCGUGGAUGUAGAGGAGCUGGAAGCCAUCACGAACGUCGAAUGGCGGUUCGUGCCCGAAAAGGCCGUUCCCCAUUUGGUGUUCGGGAAUGCUCAGCAUGCAGGGGGUCAGUGGACUGAUAAUCCUGUGCCUGCCAGCUGGGACAUCCAGACCCUUAGCUAUGCGUCCAUGCUGUCUCUGCCGGGCUAUUCGUUCGCUGAGCACCACCGGAAGAUUACGGGCAAGGAGCUUCCGGCAUAUACCCGACCCAGUCGGGAAGAAACAGCAAGUUACUUCCGUACGUACCCCGAGGCGGUUCAGAUCGACGACGUGUUCCGGUUCAAUGAAACCAUAUCCGGCAUCUCACGAACAGACGAUGGGUUUUACAUCCACUCGCACAACAUACACUGCAAGCAUCUGGUCCUGGCUAGUGGUAUAUUCACUCAAGUGCUCCAGCCUAGUCCAAUGCUGCAGCCUUUGACGUCACUCCAGCCCACUCCGCAGACCCCGCUGCUGGUGAUCGGCUCUGGCUUCUCUGCUGCGGAUAUAAUCAUCUCUGCGCCGGCGGAUCAGAAAAUCAUCCACGUGUUCAAAUGGGAUCCGGAAGGGCGGUCAUCACCGCUGCGUGGCUGCCAUCACCAAGCAUAUCCUGAAUACGCCGGAGUUUAUCGACUGAUGAAACGAGCUGCCGUUGCAGCAGACCCUACGAAGAAGCGAGUAAAGCCGCGCCGCACUACCUCGAUCCCUUUUCUAGAACUUCGCUCGUGGGAAGAUAUAUACGAAGGAUUGCCCAACUCGGAAGUUGUCGACGUCGAGAUGCAAGAGGAUCAGGCCCUCGUUACAUUCCGCCAGCCUGACGGGAGCACCAUCUCCCGUGCCGUCCGCGGGAUGGUCUAUGCCACUGGCCGACGAGGCACCCUCGACUACCUCGACCGUCCUCUCCUCAAUGAAGUACUCGACCACGAUGCGACCACAGAAACGAGUCCAAUCAUCUCUGCCCGGUCCUUGCGCAGCAAAGUAUAUGAGGAUAUAGAGAUCGCGCCAGACGUGUUCAUCAUCGGCAGCCUCACAGGCGACUCUCUCAUUCGCUUUGCGUACGGCAGCUGCGUCCAGGCUGCCGGGAAGUUGGUCGACGCACGCACGGGCAAGGAGCGAGUUCGCAGUGGAUCGAACAAUAACUCUCGGCCUCAGUCAUCGUUGGGGGUCAUGCGUGGCAUAGAUGGACACGAUAUCUCGCCACCUAGCGAGUUUCGUGCUGUAGAUAACGACUGCAUGGCGUCGACUUGGCCGCAGAGGGUUAUGCCGAAUGGCUUGUGGAGAUGGCUCUGGAGAUGGUUUGACGUGAGGUGAUUGAUGACAAAUGAUGCAUGAUAGAUGAUAGAUGUGAUGAUGAUUGUACAUAGCAUGUCAUUGGUUUUGUUUAUAAAGGGAGGAUAUGUCGUUAUUCAUGUAUAGUUGGCUGAAUUGUUUCAUUGAUUAUGCAUAUAUCUUGACUGUCAGAGGACUAUUCUGUAUCACUUCCAGUAAAGAAAACCUUCAUUAUCAAUCCACCAAACAGGAUCAACAAAAUCGUACAU